UGCCAUAUUGGUGUGUGUGUAUAUAUAAAUGUGGGGCUAUGUAUUCAAUAAGUUCUCUGCUGUGACUCUGCACUGUCAACAUGGCUCCCAGAGGAACGAUCACCAUGACAACUGCUCUGCUCUGCUUCAUACUGGGUCUACUCAGUCCAGCUCCAGCUACCUCCUGUUGUACGAGAUACAACAGGAAGCCGGUGCCGUUCCAGCGUAUUAAGGGCUACAGAGAACAGACCAUCAGGGAAAACUGCAACAUGGAGGCAAUCAUUUUCUACACCAUAAAGAAGAAUGAGAUUUGUGUGACUCGGAGAGACGCGUGGGUGAAGAAAACUCUGGAGUUACUCAGCUCCAAACUGAAGAAGAUGUCCAAGCCCAACUCAGCUGCAGGUGGAACUCUGAGGAAGAAGAAGAAAAGUGGAAAUCCUUCAUAUACUGACAGAAGCGGCUCUUUCUUCAGUACCACAGAAACAUUCCUGAACAACACUGAAAGUUUCUAUUAGGACCAACAAAAAAAAAAGAUUGUGGCCUCGGAGAAUUACAGUAAUUAAAGUUAUAAAAGGGAGGGGGGUGUUUGAGAGAAAUUGAAGCCACUGUAAUCAAAUCCUGUCGACGAUAUAAUCUCUGAAAAAGAGAUGUUAAUUACUUUUACUUGGCUGAACAUAUGCAGGAUCAGACAUAAAACUUCAUUAUCGUGACUUGAGAACCUGAGAGGAACAUCUUUGAGACGGCUGGUGUAGAUUAAGUUCUUCUGCCAUUUAAUCAUGUUGAAGUGAGCCUUUCUUAUUGUUUUUUAAUUAUGCUUUUUCUGAAUAUUCAUUUCCUUCCCCUGAUGUGAAUCUGCUUCAUACUUGUAUUCUUAUAAACAAAUAAACGUUUGUGAUAGUU